AUGGUAUGCUCCGUAUCGACGGGGAAAUCCGGUCCAAACUGGCUAGACCGGCUUCGUUCCUCCAGGGGCUUCCCGUCCGGCGAAGCUUCCAAUCUCGAGAAUUUCCUCAACAACCCGACUUCACCGGACCUUAAACAACCAGAUCCAAUCUCGGACCACAACCUUGACCCGAAUCCAUCCAAAAAUGACCCGGGUUUUGAUCGAAUCCAGAAGGAGGAUAACCAAUUGUUUGAUGUAAUGACCAAUGUCCUCUUCGAGCUCUUCAAUUAUGGAGACUCCAAUAAUGGUAAUUUUCCAAAAAUCAAGAAAUCCUGUCGAAAACAAUCAAACCCUAGAAUUUAUAUCCCUUCGAAUAAUGACAUUAAUGAGAAUGUUAAAGUGCAUUCCGAGAAGGAGUCAAGAAGUGAUGAUGAUAACAGUCAAGUGGCCGGGGUAAAGGAGUCGAGUGAGAAUUUAGUAUUAAGAAGAAAUGAGGAGGAAGGUGAUAUGAGUAAAGGGAAUCUGUCAGGAUUUUCGCUGACUGAGGUGACUGUGAUAGACACGAGCUAUAAGUCGUGGAAAUUCGAGAAAUUGUUGUACAGGAAGAAGAAUGUGUGGAAGGUUCGCGAUAAGAAGGGCGCAAGUGUGAAUGUGGGGAGUAAAAAGAAGAGGAAACAGAGCGCAAGUUUCAUGAACGGGGAGAAGAAGCAGAAGGUAGUAGAUAAGGAAGGAAGUGGACGAGAGCCUGAAUUCGCGUCGAAUGAAGUAACAUAUCCGACAAAUAAAUCUGUUGAAGGUCAUGAAAAAGUUGUGGACACAGCCGGCAAAAUUCUCAAAAAGAAGGAAGCAAACUUGAAGUCAGAAAAAGGAAGCACUCCAGUUAUUCUUAUUAAGAGUAUUCCCCCCAGGCAGCGUCGCGACGCUACUGCGCGACACUGUGAACACUGCAGCUUCGCGACGGGUGGUGUGUGUGCUGUGGGUGUGUGUGCUGUGGCGGAGUGGAGUUGUGGUGGUGGUGUCGCAUCGGGGUGUGGUGGUGGUGUUGAUGCUGGUUGUAGUGGAUUCAGAUCUAGUUGGUGGUGGUGGGUGUGCGCGCUAUGGGUGCGGUGGUAUUGGGGACGUGGUGGCGACACUGUCGGUGUGUGGUGUUUGACCAGUUGUGGAGCAAAUGUGGUGUGUGGUGAGUUGGUAGGUUCAGAUCUAGUUUGA